AAUCAAAGUCAUCCAUAUUCCAUUCAUGUCUUCACCUUGAAGCCACCAAAUCCCUCUCUUUCACUCUCACACGGUCGGUGUUAUUACAAUCCAAAUUACGACGUCGUUUUCAGUUCGUUUUUCCUUCAUCUUAAUCCAUUCACUAAUCUCCUACCACAACCAAAAUAACAACACUGAACAUCUAACCAAAAAUAAUAACUAUAUUACUCUAUGGGGAAUUGUUUCGUCAAGUCGGAUAAAUUAACGGCUGAGAUUGUAGCUCGCGACGGAGCUAAAGUCUAUCCGACGGUUCGUUUAUACGGUUCACCAAAAAGCAUUCUCGCCGCUUAUAUUCGUUUUGCUCUUCUCCACAAAUCCGUUUCAUUGGACUUCAUUCCCUCCGACGAAACUCCGACGAGCCGUAUAGGAUCCGACCCGGACGGACACGUUACUCUUCAAGUAGGAUCCGAAGUUGUUUCGGGUUCACGCGAAGCGCUGCUGAGGUUUAUUGAUGCGCGGUUUCCUAGUCCGGCGGCGGCAGGUAGCGGUGGUGGUGUGGAAGUGGAAACGACGCCGUUGAUGGUGAAGUUGACGAGACUGCAGCAUAAGAGUAUGAUGUGGCAUGUGGAGAGAGUUGUGAGGUGGGCGAAGGAUCUUGAGACACGUGGAGGGAAGAAGGCCGUUGAUCCAUCGGUAGGGAGUCCAAGGAUGGAGAUAAAGAAAUUCGCGAGGAGUUACUCGGAGUUGUUGGAGGUUAUGAUGGAACAUGCUCAGAUGGAAGAGACUCUCCUUUUCCCUUUCUUUGAUUCUGCUGAUAGAGCACUCACUAAAGUUGCCAAGGAGGACCAUGCUAGGGACCUACCUCUCAUGAAUGGCAUCAAAGAAAUCAUCAAAUCUGUUGGAGUUUUGGCCUCGGAGAGCCCUGAUUUCCAAGAGGUGUUGUACAAUCUCUCAACUCGCCUCAAGUUAUUGCAGGCGCGAUGCAAACAACAUUUCAUGGAAGAGGAAGUGGAAGUACUUCCACUAAUGGAGGCAUUGGAGUUGAGCAAAGAGCAAGAAGAGAGUGCACUAGAACAGUGUUUUGAUGUGAUGCAGGGAACACAUGGUCGUUUGUUAAAGUUUUUUCUUGAAGGGCUUACAUCACGUGAUGCUAUGAAGUACUUGGACUUGAUUAGCAUGUGUAGGAACAAAGAGAAAAUGGAAUCAAUGCUCCAAAUGAUAGUUAAAUGAAAGACCUUGUUAGUAGCAGACUCAAUCAUCGCAUACACAUGUAUUAGCUGUGAAGCUUGCUUUGUCAAUAGAUGUAUAAUUGUUUUCGUUUUUUGGUCGGUUCUUCUGGAAGAAGCAUCCAGCACUGCACAUGUGUUCACUUUUAUACUUGGGAAUUUCUUCCCCUUAUUCACUUUGAAAAAACAACACAUGCCUCUGGAAAUAUAUUUCUGGACGGAAAAAACUGUGUUUUUAUUUGGAAAUAUAUUUUCAAAGGGCAAAUAAAUUGUGUUUUUUCUUCCGAAAUCCGAAGUGGAUAUGGAGGUGGAAAAAGAAGUUCCCUUGAUACUUUACUAUGCUUUUGUUGUAUGGGACAUUCUUCUUGAACAUGUUAGCCUGGCCUUAUGAUUAGGGAAACAAAAAGCAGGGAUAGCAUUUAGCAAAGCAGGGCAUUUUCUUUUUUCUUUUUAUCCCCUUUUCCUCGUGAUAGUUUGGAUAAGGUUGUCAUGAAUAUAUUCCUCUGUAAUAGUGCAAUGUACAUCCAAGUAUAUGGACCCAAAUUUAUUUAAAAGUACAAUCCGAGUAUACUAGUUUGCGAAA